AUGGCCACUCAGUACUUUGGCAGCCUGGAUGGCCUCACCUCAACCGGCCCCGAUAGCCCUACUACUCCGGGGACCGACGGUGCCUCGUCCAAACGAACCAAUGCCCUUAGCACGAAACUCGCGACCGUCCUGUCCUCGUCGUACGCCGACUACGAGAUCCGCGACGCGCUACGUCUUCUCGACCGGCGGGAUGUGCACAACGAUGAGGAAACGAGGAGGACUCUCAAAUCCAAUGCCCAGAAGGAGGUAAUUGACUGCAAUGCAAAGAUCGUGGACGAUUUCGGCCAGGUCGCAGAGCAACUUCAACGUGUCGGCGCCAUGAUUGCCACCCUCAACGAGACCUGCGCCGCCAUGCGCGAACACAUCAUCGCGGCGAAGCACGAAUCCGAUCCUGUCCUCGAGGAGGCCAGCACGCUGAUCUCGCGCAAACAAGAGACGGAGACGAAACAGCAGCUCCUAAACGCUUUCACCGCCCACUUCCUCGUCUCCACGGCCGACCUCAAUGCCCUGACCAGCUCCGCCGAGCCGCUGGACGAUCAGUUCUUCGCCGUGCUCGCUCGAGUCAAGCAGAUCCACCGCGACUGCGAGAUCCUUCUGGGCUACGAGAACCAGCGGCUUGGGCUGGAGGUGAUGGAGCAGACGGCGCGCCAUCUCGACGCCGGGUUCAAGAAACUCUACACCUGGAUCCAACGCGAGUUCAAGGCCUUGGAUCUUGAAGACCCCCACAUCUCGGGCUCGAUCCGCCGCGGCCUGAGGGUGCUGAGCGAACGUCCCACGCUCUUUCAGAAUUGCCUCGACUUCUUCGCCGAGGCCAGGCAGAGUACCUUGGCAGAUGCCUUCCAGGCGGCCCUGACGGGCUCUGCAGGCGCGGCAAAGGCGAUUGAGUUCUCCACACACGAGCCGCUGCGCUACGUCGGCGACAUGCUGGCCUGGGUACACUCGGCCGCCGUGUCGGAGAAGGAGGCUCUCGAGGGCCUCUUCGUGUCUGACGCCGACAAAAUUUCAAAGGGCCUGUCGGCCGGCCGGGCCAGCGAGCCGUGGGCACGCAUCAGCCGGGCGCGGCGGACGAAGGACGUCGUCUUCGACGGCCGCAGGGCCUUGUCGGAUCUUAUAUCCCGCAAUCUCGCCUCCGUAUGCGAGACGCUGAAGUCUCGCAUCGAUGUGGCGAUCCGCAGCAGCGCCGAUCCAGUCGUGGCCUUCAAGAUCUUCAACCUGCUAGACUUCUACCGGAACAUCUUCACCAAGCUGCUCGGCGCCGAGUCGUCGCUGUCAAAGGCCAUCGGGACCUUGCAGUCCUCCACGCUUGCCCACUUCGAAGCCAUGAUGGAAGAGCAGACUACCGCUGCUACUGCUGACAACACGCCGUCUACCGACCUCGCCCCGCCUGCAUUCCUCACCACAGCCCUAACACAAUUCUCCGAGGUCGCCCGUGCGCGAGGCCCGCAGAUGAGCGAGACCGAGUUGGAGCGGCUCUUUGCCGCCGUGCUCAGUGGGAUACUGACUGCAUGCGCCGAGGCUGCGGUGCAGAUCCCCGACGUCCGCCGCAGCACCAUCUACAGACUCAACUAUAUGGGGGCGAUGCGCUCGACUCUAGCUUCGGUUUCUGCCCAGGUCCCGCCGGCGCAGGUUCCCCUGGAGAGAGCCACCUCUGAGGUCCGGUCCCUGCAUCAUCAGUUGGUGGAUCACUUGAGCACCACGUUGCUGGAGGAUUCGGGCGUCAGAGACCUCAUGCAGGAAAUUGAUGCGCGCCGAAGCCACGAUGCCCAGGCUCGUAGGGCGUGGGCGGCAGACCAUCUGGACGAGGCGGCACAGCGGCUGGACGAUUUCCUGGCGUCUGCACUCAUGGACGCGCAGGAGGGCCUGAAGAAUCUACUCGAUCGGACCCUCGCCAAGGACGUGGUUUCCGAGGCCGUGGAGCGGUUUUGUACAGAGUUCGACGAGCUCGAGGGUAUAUUGGAGAUUAUGAAUACUGAGCAUGUCGGAGCAGACGCUGACCAGGGCGUUGGAAACGACCAUGUCAAUGGGCAGGCAGUUUCAAUCAGGGACCGCUACCCUCGAACCAGUACCGAAGUCCGGGCCUUGUUGAGUUAA